AUGGAGAACAGGACAGGAAUGACACGGUUCAUGCUCCUUGGACUCACCACUGCCCCAGAACUGCAGAUGCUCCUCUUCAUCGUGUUUACUCUCAUUUAUCUCAUCACUCUGGUUGGAAACCUGGGAAUGAUCACGCUGAUUCUCUUGGACGCCCGUCUGCACACUCCUAUGUACUUUUUCCUUAGCAACCUGUCUCUGGUGGACUUGGGCUACUCCUCAUCUGUCACUCCCAAAACCAUGGCCGGGUUACUUUUAGGUGAUAAGGUCAUUUCCUACAAUGCAUGUGCUGCUCAGAUGUUCUUUUUUGUAGCCUUUGCCACUGUGGAAAAUUACCUCUUGGCCUCCAUGGCCUAUGAUCGCUACGCAGCAGUAUGCAAACCUCUACAUUACACCACCACCAUGACGACAAGUGUGUGUGCACGUCUGGCCAUAGGGUCCUAUGUGUGUGGCUUCCUGAAUGCCUCCUUCCAUAUUGGGAACAUAUUCAGUCUUUCUUUCCAUAAAUACAAUGAGGUCCAUCAUUUCUUCUGUGAUGUUCCAGCUGUUCUCAUUCUUUCUUGCUCUGCUAAACAUAUUAGUGAGAUUGUUCUUGUUUUUACAUCGAGUUUCAAUGUCUUUCUUGCUCUUGUGGUUAUACUGAUUUCCUACCUGUUCAUAUUUGUAACCAUCUUGAAGAUGCACUCAGCUCAGGGGCACCAAAAGGCUUUCUCCACCUGUGCUUCCCACCUCACUGCUGUCUCCAUCUUCUAUGGAACAGUCAUCUUCAUGUACUUACAGCCCAGCUCCAGCCAUUCCAUGGACACGGACAAAAUAGCCUCUGUGUUCUAUACUAUGGUCAUUCCGAUGCUGAACCCUGUGGUCUACAGCCUGAGGAACAAGGAGGUCAAGGGUGCAUUCAAGACGGUGUUUAAGACAAAUUUUUCUGUAGGACUUGGAUUUUAA